AUGGGCGGCGCAACAGCUCAAGCGCCUCAUGGCGGCGAGUAUCGCCAGCACUUACCGGAUCUUAGCAUCCCUCGCUUCACGACGAUGCAGAAGCAGGAUGCUCACGUCUACGCGAAAGAGUUCAAGGAAGGUGGAAACCCACCGUGGCUACAUGCCCUCUACCUACAUUGGCGCAAGCUCUUUAAGGAACCUUUCACGGGUAUCACAACGGAUGGCACGGUGAAAAAGGACCUCUUCCAACUGGCCGACGAGAGCGUCCCGAUCCAAGAGAUAGUCGACGCCACACAAGCCGUUCUCUUACAACUAGAUGAUAAGCAAAAGAACAUUUUGUCUUACCACAUUGACUCCCCAGAAUGGCGGUCGUGGUCAAACCCAGAGUUUCUUCUCAGCGAUAAGGGCCUACGACUCGACGAGUUGACACCCCAACUUCGCGACAGCAUUCUCAAGGUCUUAGAGACAACACUUUCACCAGAGGGCUAUGCUAAAGCUUUGGGCGCAAUGAGAAUCAACGGCUUCUUGGGCGAUCUGGUCAAGGCGCCCGCGGUUUGCAACGAGUUCUCUUACAACUUUGUGCUCUUCGGCGAGCCUUCGACGACGCGCCCCUGGGGCUUCUCAUUUUAUGGUCACCAUUUGUGCCUCAACAUCUUCUUGUACAAAGGACAGAUUGUCGCAUCACCUUGGUUCACGGGCGCGGAGCCGAAUCUCAUUGACGACGGACCGUACAAAGGCACCAGGAUUCUCGAGACGGAAGAGAGACUCGGGCUCCAGCUCAUGCAGUCUUUGCCUGCCAAUGUCCAGGAGAAAGCACAGACAUACAAGCUCUUGAAAGAUCCAGCUAUGCCGAAGGGGCGAUGGAACCAUGACGACCAACGACACCUUUGCGGCGCUUAUCGAGACAACCGAAUCGUACCGUACGAGGGUAUCCUGGUGUCUGAGUUGAAGACCGAGCAGCAAGAGUUGGUCGUUGGUAUUCUAGAUCAAUACCUGCUCUAUCUACCCAAGAAAUCCCGCGAUGCGCGGAUUGACCAGGCGAAGUCGUUCUUCUCGGAGACAUACUUCAGCUGGAUUGGCGGAUUUGGCGACCAGGAUCCGUUCUACUACCGCAUUCAGAGCCCUGUCAUCCUCGUUGAGUUUGACCACCACUCCGGAGUCUUCUUGACAAACAAGGAACCCGCCAAGUUCCACAUUCAUACUCUGCUCCGGACCCCUAAUGCUGGAGAUUACGGUAUGGCGCUUCGGCCGUUGAUUCCAAGGGUUGAGCAAGAUUUCGUGUGGGAGGGCUGA